UGAUUACAAAUUAACAUUCAAUCUGUUGCCUUGCUUUUUUUCGUGGUCUGACAGUCUCCACUCAUUUUGCAGUAGCCUAUGCGCCCAAAUUUUGAGCGUUGUUUUGGAUUGGUUAUGUUGUUUAAAUUUGCACCGGCUCUCAUCUUUCAAUUAAAGAGUAAUUCAUUACAUGAAAGGAAUCUCAUAAAUUAGGUAAUGUAAAGAAGUUAAACACCUUUGUUAGAUGCAUAUAUUAUUAUGAACAUAGCAAUAGCAAUAUUACUUAGUUGCACAUCACUUUUAUCCAUUUUUUUAAAUGAUGGACAGGCAGACUUAUGUUGUAAUGUUGGUAAUCUAACUGCUCACCCGAGUCUGCUUUUUUGGUAGUAUGUGUUGGUACCUGCACCAGUUUGCUCAAGAUUGUAAGAAUUGUAAUCAUUGUUUAGGAAUGAAAUGGGCUACUAUUGUAUGCUUGUGAACCAACAAUGCAAUGGGUUCGCCUACAUCUGUGCUGUUAAGUUUGUCCUUGAAGUCUUGCUGUAAUACGUCAUCAUAUGUCGACACUGCUACACAAACACUGUUUUGGUUACGUCUGUUUGUGUGUUCUUCGCUCAGGGUUUUUUCACGACAAAUAAUCAUGUCAGAACAGUUAAGGAAAUUUGAGGAGCCUUUGAAAACAGACCUUGAGGAGUUGCUGGGUCGUUUCCAACGGACUACUUCAGUGCGAUAUGAGGACUUUUCGUCCAUGUGGAGAGACAUGAAAUUCGGCGAUAUAUUUCAUGGAAUCCAGAAUCUGAAGGAGAAGAAUGCAUUCAGCCGCAUAGCACUGAAUACAGCUACCGCUUACUUCCUACCACCCUACUCCUUUCAAGUCCGAGUCGGCGGCCUCUAUGUUCUCUACGGUCUCUACCAUUCACAGUGCAGCUUACCAAAGCAGAAAAUCCGCCUGGCCUUGAAAGACUGGGGGGAUGUCCAAGCAUUCACUCAGGAUGCCCUGAGCUCCCAGCACUAUGAUGUGGUGUACAUCUUACACAAACUGCUGGGCACAAAAGCCUUUCACUUCACCGCAAUGCCUGUUCCGCUGGCAUUUUUACGAGAUAAGAAGAACCAGGUUAUGCCAAACACAGAGGCUGUUGCUAAACCAUCAUCUCGACCUCAGCAGCUUGUCACAACAGAGAUGUUGGAGGAGGUGGCUAACAUUCAUCAGCACUACAAACAGCUGAAGGCAUCUGUGUCCGCCCAGCACCCAGAAGCCAGUCUCAACCUAGUCCGCCACAACCUGGUUCCCAAACUGUUCAAUUCGGUGAUGUCUUUCAGCACGUGGCAGAACAUUCAUACGCAGGGUGGGGAGGCCAGUGUGCAGUCAACCAGCCUUGAUGAGCCCUCCACCAGUUCCAGCUCUAACCAGCACCAGCAGCAGCAGGAGUGCUCCAGGAGAGCAGACCUCCUCGCCUCCAUCAAGGCGCGCUCCUAUGGCCAGGUGGUGGAGGUAGCCAAGUCUCGGCGCCAUAGGCAGGCGGAGCUGUGUUCGGCAGGGGAUGCGGGCCCAAGGGAAGAUCCAGGGAUGGGGGGUGUGCCGGGGGCCAUUCCACGACGCAGACGCCGAUUUCACAAUUCGCUGAGAUACCGCACUCUACGACGUCUCUACGAAACUGGAGGCAUUCCAGAGGAGUUCCUCACAAGCACCAAGCUGUGGCGACUGAGCAAGGCAGACCAGGAGGAGACUACCCGGGCGAUCAAGACGCGCUUCAAGUGGUGAUGCAACCACAAAAAGCACAGACCACACCACCUGACCCAGGACCAGCAGUCUUUCACUGCACUGCUUGGAUCUGCCUCCUCUAAGGCUCACAUAAAGAUGAUGGCGGGUCAAGGAUGAUGAUGAUCCUAUGUUGCUGGUGUGGGGCUUGUGGAUUGUGUUUGACCCAUGCAUGAACAUUUGCAUAAGUGCACUUUGACUCCAGUUGGAGCACCGUUUUCCUUUGCCUUAGGGGGGCACUCAAGCUUAUAAAAGGUUGUUUGCCGUUGUGGCCACUGCAGAAAGGAGGAAUUAUCAUGGCAAGGGUGAUUGUUACUAAUCAGUAACCUAUCUAGCUGUUUAUUGAUAUAGGGGAAGACUGCUGACUGCUGACCAACAGUGUUUGUGCCAGUCAUAGAAAAAGUUGUUCUGGUCAAGUUUAAGAUAUGUCAAGGUCAACUAUACCAUAAGGGAUCAUUGAUGCUUGUUUAUGGCAUUGUUUGUUUGAAAACCAUGUUUUUUUUUACCAUCCAUAAUGUUAUGCUUAAUAACAUAACACCAAGAGAUGUAUGUGUCAGAUGCCAUGGGCAUGUUUGUCUUAAAUGUUUUUUUUAUACAGGAUUCAUUGUCUUGAGCAAGUGGUGUCAUUCAAAUUUAAAAGAAAAGUAAAACCUUUUUUUGUGAAUAUGAA